CUCGCAGUGACCAGGGUGGGGAGAUGGUUUCCCAGUUCAGUUCUUUUCUGCUUCAGUUUAGCCAGCACAUCAGAGUAGGAUCGCAGAAACAUUAAACAGGUGGUCAGAAACACACAUCUUAAAAAAGCGACCAUGGAGAAAAGGUGAAAAGCUUCGCGUUUCUCUCUCUUUUGGAUCUACUUUUUGCAAGUCCAAAGGAAAUACGUCCCAAGGAGGGUUUUACAUACGAAAACUACACCUUUAUUUUUCUUCUGGAUUUGGGAUUUGUGGAAAAUAUCGGUAACUAUGAAAGUGACAGUGUGUUUUGGAAGGACCAGGGUGGUGGUUCCGUGUGGCGAUGGAAAUAUUAAAGUUCACAGCCUUAUUCAACAAGCCGUGAUGAGAUACAAAAAAGCUAUUGCGAAGGAUCCAGGAUACUGGUUACAAGUCCAUCGUUUGGAACAUGGUGAUGGAGGCAUACUAGAUCUUGACGAUGUCUUGUGCGAUGUUGCUGAUGAUAAAGACCGGCUGGUGGCCGUGUACGAUGAGCAGGAUCCGCACCAUGGAGGCGACGGGACCAGUGCCAGCUCCACGGGCACUCAGAGCCCCGAGAUCUUCGGCAGCGAGCUCAACUCCAGCAACGUGUCCGCCUUCCAGCCCUACCAGGUGACGAGCGAAAUCGAGGUCACCCCGUCCGCGCUCAGAGCAAAUAUGCCCCUCCAUGUGCGUCGCAGCAGUGACCCAGCACUGAUUGGCUUGACUACAUCUUUCAGCAGCGAGCCGAGUUCUACGGCAGAAGAGCCUUCUCGUAAGAAUCCCACUCGCUGGUCCACAACGGCAGGCUUUCUCAAACCAAACUCAGCUGGGGGAACCAACAGUCUUGAAAGAAAGAGUAAAGGUGUGGACACGUAUCGGAGUCUUCCUCGAGAUACGGGGAACUGGACGGGACAGUUUCAGAGGGAGAAUGCCCGCUCUUCUUUAAGUGCCAAUCAUCCCAUGGUGGACCGAUGGCUCGAGCGACAGGAACAGGAGGAAGAGGCUGGGGAAGAGGAGAAUGGCAGAAUCGAACCUGUUGGGCGUGCCGACUCUUGCCUGGAGCCUGUUUUGUCCCUUGAUGACAUGGUAAAGCUGGUAGAAGUCUCCAAUGAUGGUGGGCCUUUGGGAAUCCAUGUAGUGCCUUUCAGUGCCCGAGACAAAAGGACCCUGGGGUUGUUAGUAAAGCGGCUGGAGAAAGGUGGCAAAGCUGAACAGGAGAAACUGUUUCAUGAGAACGAUUGUAUCGUGCGGAUUAAUAACGGAGACCUUCGCAACAUCAGAUUCGAACAAGCACAACAUAUGUUCCGGCAAGCCAUGCGUUCACCUGUCAUUUUGUUCCAUGUGGUCCCAGCAGCAAAGAAAGUACAGUAUGAGCAGCUCUCUCAGAGCGAGAAAAAUCCGGCCUAUAUGCAUGGCCGGUUCAGUCCAGAGUCCCAGGCUAGCGAGCGAGGAAGCCUGGUGGUGGGGCUGGACCACACGCCCCACAGGGUGUCAAGGGCUGGGGCCCACGUGGAACAGGCAGAGUUCUAUUCACCGCUACCUCACAAUGCCGGCUCUACCGGGAAACCACCCUCCGGCAUGACCCCGUCCCCCCAGAGGGUGCUCAGCUCCACGCCCACGACGGGCUACACCAAGAAGGUUGGGAGGAGGCUCAACAUCCAGCUGAAGAAAGGUCCAGAAGGUCUGGGAUUCAGCAUCACCUCCCGUGAUGUUCCAAUUGGGGGAACGGCACCAAUUUAUGUGAAAAACAUCCUUCCUCGUGGGGCUGCAAUUCAAGAUGGACGAUUAAAAGCAGGAGACAGGCUUCUAGAGGUGAAUGGAGUGGACUUGAAUGGGAAAACUCAGGAGGAAGCGGUGGCUCUGCUCAGGGGCACACAGAUGGGGGGCACGGUUGGCUUGGUGGUCCUUCGGCAAGAAGACACUUUUCUACCCCGGGAAGUGAAUGCAGACCCCAUUCAGAUGCACAGUCCCAGAGAUUUGCGGCGAUCAGUGAGGGAACCGAUGUCGGCUGGGGAGGCCCACUGGCUACUGGAGAAAGCAGAAGAGGAGGACCUUGUUCUAACACCUGAUGGAACCAGAGAAUUUCUGACUUUUGAGAUCCCAUUGAAUGACUCUGGCUCGGCGGGCCUGGGUGUCAGUGUUAAAGGCAACAGGUCAAAGGAGAACCAUGCAGACUUGGGCAUCUUUGUCAAAUCAAUUAUUAACGGAGGAGCAGCAUACAAGGAUGGAAGGCUCAGAGUAAACGACCAACUCAUAGCAGUUAACGGAGAGUCGUUGUUGGGAAAGACCAACCAAGACGCCAUGGAAACAUUGAGAAAGUCGAUGUCUGUAGAGGGUAACAAGCGAGGGAUGAUACAGCUGAUAGUUGCAAGAAGAGUUUCCAAACGAAAUGAGCUGGAGACACCUGGGAGCCCUCCUGGUCCUGAUUUGCCCCUCAACACUUCGCUAGAUGACCGGGAACGCAGAAUCUCUCACUCCCUCUACGGGGGAAUCGAGGGGCUGGAUGACAACUUGGCACCAAGGGUGCCAAUGAUGGGGAGGAUGAUGGGUAACUACCAGCUGUCUCCCACAGUGAACAUGCCCCAGGAUGACACUGUCAUUAUUGAAGAUGAUAGGCCACCUGUUCUCCCUGCUCACCUCUCCGACCAAUCAUCUUCGAGCUCCCAUGAUGACAUGGGAUUUGCAGCAGAUGCUCCUGGUUCCUGGGCUAAAGAAAUACAAGUUCAAAAUGAGUGCUCUUUGAGUCCUGAUGUUGACCCAGACAAUGCCUUCCAGAGAGAGGGAUUUGGACGGCAGAGCAUGUCGGAGAAACGGACCAAGCAAUUUGGAGAUGCCAGUCAGCUGGAGUUCAUUAAGACACGGAAGUCAAAAAGCAUGGAUUUAGUAGCUGAUGAGAUUAACCUCAGUCCUCGGUCAGAGAACAACACAGGUUCCCCAACCAGAGACGUGGGCCCUUCCUUAGGCCUGAAGAAGUCAAGCUCCCUGGAAAGUCUGCAGACCGCUGUCGCUGAGGUCACGCUGAACGGAGACAUCCCCUUCCACCGACCACGGCCACGAAUCAUCCGAGGCAGGGGCUGCAAUGAGAGCUUCCGGGCAGCAAUCGACAAAUCGUAUGACAAACCUGCUGCAGAGGAAGAAGAUGAGGGCAUGGAAACUUUGGAGGAGGACACGGAGGAAAGCUCGCGCUCGGGGAGGGAGUCGGUGUCGACCACCAGCGACGUGACCCUGCUGACCGGGGGCUCUGGGACCAUGGAGAGGCAGAUGAAUGGCGGGCGAGGCAGAGACGACAAGAAAAAGGACAAGGGCGGGAAAGACAAAAAGAAGCAAGACCGAGACAAAGAGAAGGACAAAAGCAAAGCCAAGAAAGGAGGGAUGUUAAAGGGCCUUGGGGAUAUGUUCCGGUUUGGCAAGCAUCGCAAGGAUGAGAGGGUGGGAGACAAAAUCGAGCGCAAGAGUUCAAGCAAGUCGAAAAUGGAAGACAUGCAGGCGUCCGAGGAGGAAACAUUCCGAAUGAAAAUGGAACAGGAGAGAAUUCAGGCAAAAACCAGAGAAAUCCGAGAGAGGCAAGCUCGUGAGAGGGACUAUGCUGAAAUCCAGGAUAUCAACAGGACAUUUGGAUCUGACGAAGAGCACACAUACGCUGGUAUUGGCUCACUGGAAUCAUCAAUGGACAGUGGGCACAAUCUUUCCUUGCACAACAGACCACAAAGUCCCCGAGAAGACCCCCAGCAAAUUGAAGCGCUAUACGCACAAGUGAACAAGUCACGCAACGGCCGCGCUCCUUCCGCCGAAAGCAACAGGGUGGCUCCUAGCAACCAUGACCGGAUACAGAGACUCCGGCACGAGUUCCAGCAGGCCAAACAGGAGGAUGACCCAGAUGACCGCAGGCGCACCUACAGCUUUGAGCAGCCUUGGCCCAAUUCCAACUCAUAUGCACAGUCGGGGCGGCACUCGGUGUCCGUUGAGGUCCAGAUGCAGAGGCAGCGUCAGGACGAAAGGGAGAGCUUCCAGCAAGCCCAGAGACAGUACAGCUCACUCCCACGACAGAGCCGAAAGAACCCGAGCUCUGUGUCGCAAGACUCGUGGGACAAGGUCUGCCCACCGGGAGAAGGGUUCCAGAGCGCCAAGGAGAGUCCCCGCUACUCCAGCUACCAAGGCUCGCGCAACGGCUACAUGGGAGUGAUUGGCCUCAACGCCCGCGUGCUGCUCGAGACGCAGGAGCUGCUCCGGCAGGAGCAGAGGCGCAAGGAGCAGGAGACCAAGAUGAAGCUGCCGCCAACCCAGGAGGUGCCCAACAACUAUGACUCGUACUCCCCCCACAAGGAACCCGCCCCCACCCCACCCAAAGGCCCCUACAGACAGGACGUCCCCCCAUCCCCAUCUCAGGUCGCCCGGCUGAACAGGUUGCAGACCCCAGAGAAGGGACGACCGUUCUACUCCUGAGGGGACGGCGAGAGGAAUGGCUGUACCACAAAAGGAAACUUUUUGUCUUGGAACAAAAUGCUCAAGCCUUUGUUUUUAUUUUUAUUUUGCAGUUGCUAUAUUUUGUUUUAUUUUGGGGUCCCCACAUCCUCCAGACGACAGACUUCUCAAAGAGUGGGGAUUUUGUUUGCAACUAUACACACAGUUUUUUAGUGCCUUCCAGUAUUCGUGGUCAAGAGACUUGCUGGCCUUAAUAAGUCCUCACUCAUCUGUUGAAAAGUGUUUUCUGUUUCAGGAGCAGCACCUCCGAGCUCUGACAAUCACAGGAGAACCAAGAAAUACGUGUCUAUUCAUGAGCCAAUGGGAAGUAACAACUUUAUGGGUCCUAUACAGUAUCAAGUGAUGUGUAUGUGUUCUGUCAUUGAAACACAGACAUUGUGUACAGUAUGUGUCCUAGGUAUGUUACAAUAGAGUUUCCCUUCUGUGAGUGACCUGAUGAAAACUAAAAAAGCAUCUGAGAAGAUGCUGCAAUGCCAGUUUCAUGUCCUGUAAUUGAAGCCCUGACUAUGUCAGCCUUAAAGAUGUUCUGUGCUUGACCCACUGAGAAGGUGCUGAGCCAAGGACUGUUAUAAAACACAGAUUUGAAAUGAUCUAACAGUUCAGUUUUCACUCAUGGAAAUUUCCUUUGCUUGAUAUGCGGUCCUCAUUUUAACUUUGUCCUGUGCUUGGUUUGGUGUUUUAUAAUAAUGAAACUAACCCUUUAUAUGUCCUUUCACUUACUAGCCCUUGAGGGUAUGCAUUUGUAUAAAUGGGGUCAAUGUGGGUUGUUAAUUAACGUUUUUCAUGAAAAAUUAAUUUGUAUGUCAUCUCCAGAGAGGGGAGUGUGGUGUUGGAAAACAGCUAUGUUCUGUGCCUGACCUCUCUGCUUUGCACAUUACUGUCUUUGAUUACAGACUCACAGUGAAACGCUGCUGCCAGUCUUUACUGAAUUUUUCAUUAAGGUGGUUAAUCUGAAACCACUUGCGCUACAGCUGAAUACCACAAAACACGGUGUAGUGGCAUUUGAUUGUUUGGCCUGAAAUACAAUCUGUAAUCGUUUUGAAAAGAUUUUUGUUUUGCUGCCAUUAUUUGUAACAAAUGAGAGAAGAAAGAUAAUCAUGUCGAACUGAUAUAGCUGUAUUAUAGAUUUAUCCUCCUGAGUAAACUGUGUCUGUAACGUGAGUGUUCCCCUGUCUAGAAAAUGUAUGUUGGCAGAGAGAUAACAGACUUGGACUUUUCUUGGCAAUAGGAAAUGAGUAGGACUAAACACAUUAAAGGGAAGAUAGGCCUUUUUAAGAAGUACUCUACUUUUUUUUUGUUUUUUUUUUGUAACAAGUUGGUCUAAUCAAAGAAGUGUUUGGUACUUCCAGAUUCUGUAAUUGUCUUCUAGCUCCACUCAUCUACUCAGCACGAGGUGCAUUUUUUUGUACGGAUGUAAAGCAGACAGAAAUGGGAGACUCAUCCUCUAACUGCAAAUGGAAUAAAAUUCGUAUUUUGUAUUGCCUCAGCUCUGAUAUUGUAACGUGCAUCUGGCACUUUGAGAAUAUGCUGUCCCACCAGCUGCUGCCAUGUUUUUUUUCCUCCUUAUUUCAUGUGCUGUAUGCUGGGUUUGGAAUGGUUAAAGUGCCUGAGAAACCAGAUGUGAAGAAGCAUACUUUUUUUUCGGUUGAAAGGAAUUAAAUCACAUACCACGCCAUUCAUCAUUCAUCUGUUUUUCUUCCGCUCUUUGUGUUUUUGAAACAUUUGUUUUGUCAUUGAGCUAUUUUUUUAUGAUACAUGGAGAAAAAAAAAAAACUCUGCACAUGUUAUCAGUGUACUUCCAGUCUGUCAUUGCCUUUAUUAAUUAUAUACUCUGGUGUUUCAAACAGGAGAAAAGGAUAACUAAUAUAAGCACAGUGCAAUUGGUUUAUAAAACUUUUACAUGAUGUAUAAAGAGCAGUAUAUGACCGCUUUUCCUGUACAUAUCAAAUUUAGAAUAAAAAAGCUGUUUCGUCAUGUU